ACUAGCCGACGUUAAAAUGCGUUCGUUUUUACCUGCAGUGGCCGAACAGCUUUUUCGAGAUAUUCAAACGACACACCAGGAAACUUCUCAAAUUCCUGAUGACCUGCUAAUUGCGCUGCAGUUUGUUUUUGGGCAGUGUGCGCUGCAGGCUUUGGACCUUGUCGACCAGCAUUCAGUUACCUGUCUGUCUUCGCCCAGUGGACGCAAAGCAUUCCAGGUAAUCGGAGGCUCGGGGCGUUUGUACACUUGCUUUGCGUCCUGUCACUACUGCCCGUGCCCGGCCUUCGCCUACACCGUGCUGCGCAGGAAUGAGGGCCUGCUGUGCAAACACAUCCUGGCCGUCUACCUGUGUCAGGCCGUGGGUGCGACUCGGCAGGAGAGCGUGUCCGACCAGCAGAUGUCCGCGCUGCUCAGCGGGACAGCAGCCCCGUGACCCCCAGGUACGUGGAGCGUCGUCCUGGGUCCUCUUGGAUGAGCCAUGCUUUUGCCCUUUGGGUCACCGUGGGAUCGAGGAUCCAAGCACAGGAACGCCGCCAGAGUCGCUGCUCUUUCGUUCGUCUCUCUGAAAGACUCCAGAUGUUGCUUUAUUUAUUUAUCUUUUGGAAGCGAUCUUAAUCGGUUUCGGGGUAAACGACACAGCAGUUCAUUGAGUAUGUUUGGCCUUAUUUUUGUGCUCUUUUUAUCUGAAGCUGCAUCAUUUAGGGAAGUAGGGAGCCUCUGCAAGCGGAACUGACUUCAGAAACAUUUACAUUUUCCAAUGUGUAACCUGUAAAAAUAAAUUGUCUUAUGACCAAAAAUUGAAAUGAAGGAAUACAGAUCUGUAACAAUAUAAACAUUGCCUUUAUC